CUCUCUCUCUCUCUCUCUCUCUCUCUUUAAGUGUCAUUUUCUCACAUAUACUUCACACAAACAAGUUAGAAACAACCAUUUAACUUCAGACCUUGUCCUCGUCUCUUCUCUCUCUUUCUCUUUGUCCCCCUUCUUACCCCCAAACUCUCAAAUCCCUGCGAGUAAAACCAGCUCCUCAGUUCAUCAAGCCCAUCAGAAAAAAAACCCAAAAUUUUUCCAUGAAAUCACAUCACCGACACCUUUGAAACUGCCCAAGAUCAAUACCCCUUCUCAUCUAUACACAAGUGAGGUAAGAGGAGGAAGAGAAGCUUGCUAGCUGAGGAGAAGAAGAGGGAAGGAAAUUAAAAAAAGGGGCAAAAACGAUUUCAGAGUUAUCUGUUGCCUCGGUCUUAUGAUGGAGCUUUUCCCUGCACAACCUGAUUUAUCUCUUCAAAUUAGCCCUCCCAACACCAAAUCCACCACAGCUUGGAGGAAAACAGAUGAAGAGAUGGAUUUUGGUCUCUGGAGGAAAGCUUUAGAUUCUACUAACACCAUUGGUUCGACGAUGAUGAUGGCGGCGAAACCCGAUACCUCUUUCGAGCUUUCCUUGGCAAAUCCAAGGGCUUCUUCUUCCUCCUUAGAUUCUAACUCCAACCAUCUUCAUCAUCAUCUUCGGCAUGGCCAUGGCCAUGGUAGCAAUCAUAUUCAUCAGCCACUACUACAAAACCAAAGGCAACAACAUCAAGUUCUUCAUCACCAUCAACAGCAAGAACUUCACCAAAAGCUUGGAUUUUUAAGACCCAUAAGAGGGAUUCCUGUGUACCAUAACCUUCCUUCCUUCACUUUUGUCCAGCAACAACAACCACUAGAUUCUUCUGCAUCUACUACAACUACUACUUCUUCUUCAACUUCUUUCCAACCCCAAACCCUGAUGAGAUCAAGAUUCUAUUCUUCAAGGUUUCCUGCCAAAAGAAGCAUGAGAGCUCCUCGAAUGAGAUGGACCACCACCCUCCAUGCUCGUUUUGUUCAUGCUGUUGAGCUUCUAGGUGGCCAUGAAAGAGCUACACCCAAGUCCGUUCUAGAGCUGAUGGAUGUCAAAGAUCUAACCUUGGCUCAUGUCAAAUCCCAUUUACAGAUGUAUCGAACUGUAAAGACCACAGAUAGGCCUCCUACCUCUUCGGGCCAACCUGAUGGAUUCGAAAAUGGAUCAGCAGGAGAAAUUUCAGAUGAUAUGAUGCUUGAUAUUCACAAUCCACGUUCGUCUAAAUCUUCUGUUCAGCAGGAAAGGAGGGUAGACAAGGAUUAUUGUGGUGGCCUCUGGAGCAAUUCUUCCAGAGAAGCUUGGUUGCAUGGAAAACCCAGGGAUUCUGAAGGAAGCACAUCACCUUUUGAGAAGGACCCAAAGUGCCAAUACUAUGAAAGCAUAUCAGAUUUGAGCUCAUCAAGCCUCUCUGGAACAAGCCCCAAGAAGCCCAAUCUGGAUUUCACCUUGGGCAGGUCACUUUGAUAUCAACUUCUGUUAAAGAGUACUCAUUUUGAAAUCAUAAUCUCUCAAGGGCUAGCUAUUGAUGACAAUCAGGUUCCCACUUGAAAAUCAGGGAAACAAGAGGAAAGAAAGGAAAGGAAAAGCAAGUAAAGAGAGUGAAAGAAAGACAAGGAGACAAAAGCGACAGAAAGCAAAGAAAAAAAAAAAGAGAAGGUUGAAAAAGCAUGUCCUUCCUAGCAAGCUGUAAGAACUAAGGCACCAUAUUAUAUUCCUACGUAAAUAUGAAAUAUAAUUGAUUUUUAUA